AUGUCUGACUUGCACUACGAUUUUAUCAUCAUUGGUGGCGGUACUGCUGGUAACGUCGUUGCCGGUAGAUUGGCGGAGAACCCAAAUGUCAACAUCUUGGUUGUCGAGGCUGGUGUGGGCAAUUCAUAUGAGAUCAGGGAGAUUACUACUCCCUCUAAUGCCAUGGAACUUCGUGGUAGUAAGUACGAUUGGGCUUACAAGACUACCAUUGUCAAGCGUGAUGAUUACGAGCGUGUCGAAAAACCCAACACUCGUGGUAAGGCUUUAGGUGGUAGCUCUUCUCUUAACUACUUCACCUGGAUUCCAGGUUGUAAGCCAACGUUCGACAUGUGGCAAGAAUAUGGUGGCGAAGGAUGGACUUGGGAUUCACUUGUACCAUACUUGAGAAAGUCUGCCACCUACCACGAUGAUGAGGGUCUUUAUUUGGAUGAAUUAAAAAAAAUCGGAAAUGGCGGUCCUCUUCCAAUCUCUCACUCUGAGCUGUUGCCAGAAUUAGCUCCUUUCCGUGAGAAGCUAUCUCAAGCUUGGAAAUCUAUGGAUCUGCCCCUUACUGAAAAUAUCUACGAUGGUGAGAUGAUUGGUUUGACUCACUGUGUUGACAGUAUCUACCACGGCCAGCGUUCUGGUAGUUUCUACUUUGUUAAAGAUAGACCAAACAUCACCAUUUUGUCCGAGGUCCACUCCAAAAAUAUCAUAAUUGACAGGGCUGAUAAAGUGGCCAAGGGUGUAACCGUCAUCAAGCCCAACGGUGAAGAACACAGUUUUUAUGCUACGCGUGAAGUUAUUUUAGCUCAAGGUGUCUUUGAAAGCCCAAAGUUGUUGAUGCUUUCCGGAAUUGGUCCUAAGAAAGAACUUGAAAAAUUUGGCAUUGAUGUCAUUGUUGAGAACGAACACGUUGGCCAACAUUUGCUCGACCACCCUGCUGUGCCUUUUGUCCUAGAAGUGGAGGAGUCUUAUGGUAUGGACAACCAUCUGUUGCGUAAAACUCCACUCAAUGCCAAGGCAGUGGAGCAAUACAAAGACAGAGGAAGAGGUCCACUCGGAUCUGGUUUGCUAGAAUUGGUUGGUUUCCCUAGAAUUGACAGCUACUUAGAAAAGGAUCCUGGGUAUGUCAGGGCUAAAGCUGCCAAUGGUGGUAAGGAUCCAUUCUGUCCAGAUGGGCAACCUCACUUUGAGCUCGAUUUCGUUGGUAUGUUUGGUAGUGCUUUCCAAUGGCAUUACCCAACCCCAAAGAAGGGCUGUUAUACCUCUAUUGUGGUUGACCUUGUUCGUCCUGUAUCCGAGGGUGGUGAAGUUACUCUUAACAGUGCUGAUCCUCUCGUCCAGCCUUACAUCAACUUGAACUUCUUCGAGAACGAGCUGGAUAUUAUUGCUAUGAGAGAAGGUAUUCGUUUCACUUAUGAUCUUCUAACGAAGGGUGCUGGUUUCAAGGAUAUUGUUAUUGGUGAAUACCCAUGGCAGAUGCCUCUUGAUAAUGAUAAAGAGAUGAGAAGAGCUGUCUUGGACCGUUGCCAAACUGCUUUCCAUCCUUGUGGUACUAACCGUUUGUCUAAGAGUAGUGAGCAAGGUGUUGUCGACCCAGAGUUAAGAGUCCAUGGAAUCAAGGGGCUACGUGUUAUUGAUGCCUCCAUUAUUCCAGUGAUUCCUGACUGUCGUAUACAGAACUCUGUCUAUGCCAUCGGUGAGAAGGGUGCCGACAUGAUCAAGGAAGUUCACAAAGAUCUAUACAAAUAG